AUGGCAGAUAAAAACACUACAAUAACACUCAGCGAUCUCCCUGAGGACAUAGUCGGAGAAAUAUUAGCCCGAGUUGGAAGCUCAUCUCGGAGACAACUUCGCCAUGUUAUGGAAGCGUCAAAAGCAUUGGCAAAGGCAGCAAAUGACAAAGGAGUUUACAAAGCUCUUAACCUACGACCUCUGGUGUUCCAUCCUUUGGCAACAAGGUACAGAUACAAAGACCUAAUGGAGAAGACACUUACCAACGGAAACAUCGAAGCUCACUACAUCAAAGGAAUACUAGAGUACUUCCACAAAAACAACACAAUCACCGGACUACAACAUCUAAAAUUAGCAGCACGAGGAUCCUACAGCGAAGGUAUGCACCUAUAUGGGAUUAUAUUGUUAUCUAGGGGCGAAAUGGAGGAAGGAAAAGCCUACUUGGACCAAUUAGGGUGGCAACACAGCAAAACCAGAGGUGACAGAUGCUGGAGAAACAUCAAGAAAUCAUUGCAUGGAGUCAGAGUCUUGCGUCUACCUGCUUACCGAGAAACAAUAAGGGUGAUGAAGCCAACAAUUAUGUGCAACCUCAACGACCUCGAAAACAGAUGCCAUCAUUGCUACUAUUACAAACAGAUCGUUAAGUUUGUGUUCGUCAUUUAG